AUGGAAAACCCAUAUUUUUUCCAAGGAAAUUACGCCAAAAAUGGUGACCAUUUCAUCAUAGAAGACCUCCUAGACUUCUCAAAUGAUGAUGUUAGACUCACUGAGGACACGUUUGAUUCAUCGGUCGGAGCCUCCACCGACUCCUCAGCCGCCACGGUGGUGGACGCCUCAUGCAACUCCUCAUUCUCCGGUAGUAGUACUACGACUGAACCUCAUUUCCCCGGAGGUAUUGGUGGCUGCCGGAGUUUAGCCGAUGAACAGUUCUUUAGUACUGAACUUUGCAUGCCGCAUGAUGAUUUAGCUGAAUUGGAAUGGCUAUCAAAUUUUGUGGAGGAAUCAUUUUCAAGUGAGGAAUUUCAGAGGCUGCAGCUAAUACUAGGCAUGAAGGCCCGAUCCGAUGAAGCUUCUGAAACUCGCCUAUACCAAUUUCAUCCCGAAACCACCACCACUACUAUCGACACCACCCUAAUGCUUCGGCCUGAAAUGCCAGUCCUCGCCAAGGCACGCAGCAAGCGCUCACGCGCCGCCCCUGUCAACUGGACGUCCCGUCUUUUAGUCCUGUCACCAACGCCAGUUUCUAGUGUCCCGGCAAUGCCAGCCUCAUCAGAGUCUGAUAUUGCCACGAACUCCGGCAAGAAAACAAUGAAGGCAGUGGCGAACAAGAAAGAAGGUUCCGUCGACACUUCAACUACUGAAAAUGACUAUGAGGGGCGGAAGUGCCUCCACUGCGCUACCGAUAAGACACCUCAGUGGCGGACCGGGCCUAUGGGUCCAAAAACACUUUGUAAUGCAUGUGGAGUCCGUUACAAGUCAGGCCGGCUCGUCCCCGAGUACAGGCCCGCAGCAAGCCCGACAUUUGUGCUCACUAAGCAUUCCAAUUCACAUAGGAAAGUUUUGGAACUGAGGAGACAAAAGGAACUCAUGAGGGCUCAUCAACACCAACAAUUUCUUCAUCAAAACAUUAUGUUUGAUAUGCUAUUAGCUAGUAUUGUGUGGGAUCCCAUGCAUCUCUGA